AAGGAAAGAUUGCGGAAGAGGGACUUUCCUGGGAGUGAGCGCGGACUGGUGAGCUUGCAUUUCAAGAAGGUGGAAAGGGUCCUGCUGGAUCCCGGCCAGAGAACUCUGUACAAGGAGGUCAGGCUGGAGGUUCAUGAGAUGGUGACCUCUCUGGGAGAUGUUUGGGGAAUCCCGGAUGAAGGGAAACCAUUAGAAGUCUCACUGGAAAGAGCUGAGGAUCAGAAGUGUGAAUGGAACUUGGGGAAUCAAGCUGGAACAGACAAGAGGGGAGACAAACGCAGAUGCUAGGGGAUGAAUCCAGUACUUCUCAGGGUGAUAACAAUGAAAUUCAAGGGAGUACUCAUCACCUAAAGGAAAUAAGAAUGUCUCCUGAGUGCAGUAAAAUCUUAAGCUACCAAAAAGCCUUGCUCACACAUCGGAGAAGGCAUAAGAGAGGGAGACCAUAUAUACGCAUGGAGUAUGACAAAAGCUUCAGUUACAGUGGUGCCCUUUCUUUACAUCCAAUAGCUCAUACAGGGAAGAAGCCUUAUAGCUGCUUACAGGAUGGAAAGAGCUUUGGUCUGAGUAGCCACCUUACUUCACAUCAAAGAAUUCAUACAGGGUACAAACCAUAUGAAUGCUUGGAGUGUGGAAAGAGCUUCAGUGCAAGUAGCACCCUUACUAGACAUCAAAGAACUCAUACAGGGGACAAACCUUAUAAAUGCUUGGAGUGUGGAAAGAGCUUCGGUCUGAGUAGCCACCUUACUUCACAUCAAAGAAUUCAUACAGGGUACAAACCAUAUGAAUGCUUGGAAUGUGGAAAGAGCUUCAGUCAGAGUAGCUCCCUUACUUCACAUCAAAGAACUCAUACAGGGGAGAAACCUUAUAAAUGCCUGGAGUGUGGAAAGAGCUUCAGUGCAAGUGGCACCCUUACUAGACAUCAAAGAACUCAUACAGGGGACAAACCUUAUAAAUGCCUGGAGUGUGGAAAGAGCUUCAGUGACAAUAGCCACCUUACUAGACAUCAAAGAACUCAUACAGGGGACAAACCAUAUGAAUGCUUGGAGUGUGGAAAGAGCUUCAGUCAUAAUGAACACCUUAUUAGACAUCAGCGAAUUCAUACAGGGGACAAGCCUUAUAAAUGCUUCGAGUGUGGAAAGACCUUCAGUCAGAGUGACAACCUUACUUUGCAUCAAAGAACUCAUACAGGGGAGAAACCUUAUAAGUGCUUGGCAUGUGGAAAGAACUUCAGUCACAGAGGCAACCUUACUAUGCAUCAAAUAAUUCAUACAGGGGAGCAGCCUUAUCAAUGCUUUGAGUGUGGAAAGAGUUUCCGUAACAGUGGCACCCUUACUAGACAUCAAAGAAUUCAUUCAGGGGACAAACCUUAUAAAUGCUUUGAGUGUGGAAAGAGCUUCAUUUGCAGUGGCACCCUUACUUCACAUCAAAGAACUCAUACAGGGGACAAACCAUAUAAAUGCUUGGAAUGUGGAAAGAGCUUCAGUCAGAGUAGCUCCCUUAGUUCACAUCAAAGAACUCAUACAGGGGAGAAGCCGUUUAAAUGCUUGGAGUGUGGAAAGAGCUUCAGUCAGAGAUUCUCCCUUACUGUGCAUCAAAGAACUCAUACAGGGGACAAGGCUUAUAAAUGAUUGGAGUGCGGAAAUAAUUUCAUUCAGGAUGGCCAUCUUCAGGCACUUCAAAUUAUCCAUAUAGGGGAGCAGCUGUAUAAAUGCUUUGAAUGUGGAAAAAGCUUUAAGAAGAGUUGUAGUCUUUCUGUGCAUCCAAGGACCCAUAUAGCGGAGCAGCCAUAUUAAUGUCUGGAUCAUACCCUUGCUACACAUUAAAAAUAUCACAGUGGGGGGAAACCAUGUAGCUGUCCAGAGUGUGGGAAAUGUUUCAUUCAGUGUAUCUUGCAGUGUCAUUCUUCCUUCACAUCAAAGGAUCCUUAAAGAGGAGAAACUAUGAAAUGCCCAGAGAGUGGAAGAGCUUUGUUAGAUACUCAGACGACGCUAUAUUAGGUACUCAUGAACCCCUCCAUUGGAGAGAGAGGAAUAAUAGGUAUGUUCACACGGAUGAGAAACUUGGUCCAUUCACUUUUCAGUACACCUCUCCUACAUAAUUUUGUUGUUGUUAUGUGCCUUCAAGUCGACUACAACUUAUGGCAACCCUUGUAAGUUCAGGUCUGUGGCUUCCAUUAUGGAAUCAAUCCAUCUCUUGUUUGGCCUUCCUCUUUUUCUACUCCCUUCUGUUUUUCCCAGCAUUAUUGUGAUGCCUAUAAUAAGUACAGUGGAAGGAAUUGUUAGAAAUGUUUGAACUGUUUGGAACAUUUCAGUGAAGAGUGUUACUGAGUUCAGUUUUGGGGCAAAACUGAGGAUGGUGGAGAUGAAGUGGACUGAAGGAGCUGUGGAGCAGAAUGGAAUAAAAACUUUGGACAAGUAAUAAUAGCUCAUGACUGAUGUAGACCUGAAUGUCUGCAUUGAGGGCAGAAAUGCUUUUCUGGAUUGUGACAAGCAGAAAUGCUGAGAAGGCCUUAGCUAAACUAAUAGUGAAGAUAGAAGAUUAGCUACUCCACGUGACUAGUACAAAACCUAUUUACAUGUGUGGUGGUUUUGCCUUUUAAUACGAACGUUUUCGCUGUAUUAGCUGCAAUCGCUGUAUUCAUGGGGCAGUCCAUUACUAUUCUGGCGCAUUUGCAACACAGUUUGCCUUUUUGCCUUCUCUUUCAGAGGGGAAGCGAUUUCUUGCUUUGAACCUGUUCUGAGGCUGUCGCCAGUUUCCUCUAAGUGAGUCCUUUGCGGCUGGAGGUUCGGUUCUUUAAAAACUUCAAACAGUUUCUGCUGGUCUUGUUUUUAUAUAUGUAUGUUUACAGUUUUAAUAGAUUUGCUUAUUCCCAGGUGAGGUUUCUAUUUCACCAUUUUAUUUUUCAACCUUUUUCCUUCAUCUUUGUUUAUCUGGAUCCUAUCUGUAGGACUGUACGUCCAGCUGGUUCCUUUGAAUCCCUUCUUGGGUAGGUAGCUGUCAUAUUCUUUCUUGGCUCUUAAUAUUUUUUGCACGACAACAUCUUCAUAUUUAUGGUCCUUGGCAGACCCUCCACCCAAGGGCAGCCCGGAUAUAUGCCCCCUGACCUAGCCAGGAGCUGAUGCAAGAGGCUGCAAGAUUAACUGCAGCCUCUCUAUGAACUUAGGGUCAGGCAGGGGCUCCCAGUCCUUGCAGCACUUACCACUUUCCUUAAUAGCUAGGAUAAAUGCCUAUAUAGCUGACACAUAGCAAAGCUUUAGCUAGUUUGGACUGGUGGAAAGGCGUCAGUCAAAGCAGAGCUGCCUAAUAGUUAACAUUAUUACUAGCCUUCAAUACAACAAUUGUGGUUUGUAAUAGUUCAGUUGCACAUUGUUCUUCUGAGUAGAGGUAAGUUUCCAUAUCCAUUUUUUAUUUUUGUUUUCCAAGUAAUAAUUGUUUGUGUAUACUUGUUGCCAGUUUAUUUCUGGGCUAGAUGCAAGGUUCUCGUGCUAGUGUUUAAAGCCCUAAAUGAUUUAGCCCCCUAACAUCUGAAAGUCCACCUCCUUCCUUACAGGCCCUCUUGUGUGUUAAAAUCAGCAGAGUGGGCCUUCUAGAUAGUUCCACUGCUCCCACAAGUUUGGGGGGAUGGUGUCCCGGGAGAGGGUGUUCUCUGUGGCGGCCCCUAAUUUGUGGAACCCCCUCCCCACCGAAGUUCGUUCGGCACCUUCACUGUAUAAUUUCUGGUGAAUGUUGAAGACGUGCCUCUUCAGCCUGGCCUUUGACACUUGAGAUGUACAUUUUCAGGACCCACCCUAUUGCUGUGAUUGUGUUUUGUUUUAAUUCUUUUUUUAACACUGUAUUUUAACCUGUUGUAACCCACCCUGGGUCCUGCUUGUGGAAGGGUGGGUAAUCAUCAUCUGAUCCUUAUUUCCCCCUUCCCCAAGAUUCAAUUAAGUGCUGUGGAUUUCUCUCUGCUCUUAUGCUCUAUCUGUCAUAAACUGAAAUGCAUUUUCUGCUGAUGUAUUUAAAGUAAAUCUUUCCAGAGUAUAGCUUUUCACCAGAAAGGACUCCCAGAGGACAGAAGGGGAAGUGUAACCCUGCUCCAGGGAGGGAACCUUUGGGGGGAAGUCCUUCCUUUUGGAAUAGCCUGUCUGCAGACAAAAAUACAAAACGUGGUCUAGCUACCGUCAGAGCCAGGAUGAGAGAAGCAAGGACUAGUCAGUGUCUGCGCCACAGCUUCAUGACUUUCUUCCCUACCUAAUUCUGGAACCUGUGGCCCUCCAGCUGGUGCUGGUCUCCCAACUCCCAUCAGCCCCUGUCAGCAUGGCUAGUGGUCAGGGGUGAUGGGAUAUUCCAGCAACAUCAGGGGGGGUCACAGGGUCUCAUUCCCUUCAAAGAUUGCUCCCCACUCACUGAUAAGUUCUUCAGACUGCGCACCGGCAUGCAGGUAUGUAUUUUACCUGUGUGCACAAAAGUGUUAGAUAGCAGGGCUGUGGAGUCGGAGUCGUGGAGUCGGAAGCAAUUUUGGGUGGAGUCAGAGUAGGCAGAAAUGUACCGGCUCCGACUGUGGCUUCAAAAUAAAAACUUACAAUAUUAUAACAAUAUAUGGUAAAUAUAUCAUGUUAUACUUAUAUUUUAUACUUUUUUAUAUUUCAGGGAAAAUAUUUGUAAUAGUUUAUUGCAUUUACUUUCGUAGGAAUUUAGGCAAGUUUUCUUGUUCAGAAAUUUUAAUCAAAUAAAUGUAUUUUAUGUUCUAUCAAUCUAGCCUGAUGAUUCACGUGGUGGUGAUGAAAUGCCUUGUGCUACCAUUUUACUACAGUAAAUUUGUUCUUAGUAGUUAAUAUACAUUUGCCAUUUAUGAAGGAGUCAGAGUCAGACAGUAGAAAAAUAGAGGAGUCGGAGCCGAACUUUUGACGUACCGACUCCACAGCCCUGUAAAAGCGUGUCUUGCUUCAAGGCAGGAAACCUGAAGUCUGUUGUGGGCAUGCCCACAAAUAUUUGCUGACCUGUGCAUAUACCUUCUGUGGAAGCAGAAAAAGCUAGGCCUUAACUUGGUUUAGAUUUCCUAGCUUGAUUCAGAAUUGUGACUCCAAAGAAUGAUGGCAGAAGUUCUCUUUUUAACGUAUUAAGAGGGAAUGCUAAAAAGAAAUGUUCCGAGAGAAAUGCUCAUGCUGUGACCCAGGGAGAAACGACAGAAGAGUAAACGGGUUAGGAAAGCAUUUGGAAGCUGCGUGGAUGUAAUCCCUAGACUUUAGACUGCUGAGUGUUUCCCCAUAUUAAUGUUUAAUCUCUUUACUCUCUGCUUUUUGCUGUAUGUGAAAGACAGCAGAUGCGUGUCAGCAUGUUGAGCUGACAUGUGAAAUGACUUAUUAAAAUGAUGACAUACUGUAAUUUGGUUACAUGUGCUUUGGGAUAUCGUAUAAAAAUGUGCUGUAAAAAUUAAGCAGUAGAGAACUUUCUUGGUUCACUCCAAACAGCUGUUUGUAUCUAAAUAAAG